AUGGCAAGGACUACUAGACGCCGCCGCCGCCGCCGCCGCCCCCGCGCGUCGCGCCGGCGUCGCAUGGUCGGUCGGGGGUUGGACGUGCAAAAAUGGUUGGCCAAGACGGGGAUCGAAUUUCAUUGGCCCGGGUACCAAUACAUGGGCCCAGGCACCCAUUUGGAGACACGUCUGAAGCGCGGGGAUCCCGGCAUCAACCGGUUGGACCGCAUUGCCAAACAACACGACAUUGAUUAUUCUCGCGCGCGCUCGCAUCAGGACAAGUGGAACGCCGACGACAAGAUGAUUCGGGCCAUCACGAACCUCCCGGGGAAAAAGACUUGGACCGAAGCCUUCGUCAAAAAAAUCAUGCAAGCCAAACGCAAAUUGAAACUGUAA